ACACUCCUGCCUCACAUAGCAAUUCACAGCUGCCUGUAAGGGACAACAUGAAAGCCUUAUAUGCGUUAAUAAUUUGACUCAUUGACUUCACAGCUGUCACCUCGUCUGUCGCUAAUAGUUAGAGUCUUCGUCCUGGUCGCGAACUUACAUUAUGGCACCGAAGUAGCUUGUAUUACGCGGCCUACGGUCGUGUUGUUGCGAAGUGCAAGGCAGCAUGGGAGUCGGAGCCGAUGGUUCCCAACAAGAAUGCUGGCGCCAAUUUGCAGGAGGGCUUGAGGUUCCGGUCACAAGAUAGAGGGGAGUCCCAGCUUGUUUGCCAUGCAACCGCGGUCGCUGUACACACGCGGCCGCGGUCGCCAGGGUUUUCCCCAGCAAAGUACGUGCGCCCAGAUGAAAGCCGGAGCCCCCAACGUGACAUCAUGCCUCAGCGUGAUGUUGUAGGCAGGACUGGGCCGCAGGGCCACCCUCAACCUUCAGCAGGCAGGGGUCCUCAUUCCAACACCCAACAUCUACAAUUCCGGCCUCCUGCUAACUCAACAGCUCAGCCAUCAGCAGUAGCACAUCUGGCCGCCCCUUCGCGUCCCGGCGGCCAUGCUCUGCCCUCCAGAACCUCUGGGCCCGGGCAUUGGACCCAAGCCCCGGCCCCUUCCGCCCCUACUCAGCAGCAACACGCUGACUGGUACGACAGUGAAGCUGCUCGGAUUUCGGCCACCGCCGCAGCCGUAGCCGGCAUUACCUCCACCUCCAGACAGGUUCCUCCGCAGCAGACGCUAGCGAUGCAGCAGCCAGCAGCUGCCGUGGGCAAAACCGCCGGUGGUAGCGCCAACAGUGGCAACACCAACAGCGGCGCAGCAGCAACCGGUGCCGCACUCUUGGCAGAGAUCCUAGGUCCGCAGCCGCCGCGCAUCACUGCUGCCCCUUCGCAACCUGCCCGUACCGCUGCUGCUGCUGCUGCUACAGCAGGGGCAUACUCAGCCUCGGGCUCCUCCGCGCCAGCUCCCCCACCGUCCGCAGCCACAAGCCACUUGGGCCGCAGCAAUGAACACCGAGGGGGAGCCCCUGUGUCCGCAGCAUCAGGAGCAGGCGCCGCAGCACCAGGCUGGGGCGGUGGUCGCAGCCAAGCCCUGUCUCAGCCUCUGCUUGCCGAGGAAGGCGGUGCCAGGAGUCUAGCAGCACUGGGGCUGCUGGGAGGAGUGGGAGUGGGAGUAGGAGGAGGGGUGGAGGAUCCGGAGGAGGAGGCGCGCAGGGCUCGCAGGCGGCACCGCAGGCGCGUGGCUCGGAUCGUGGUGGAUCACUGGAAGCACUUUGCGGGGGAGCGGUUGCGAGCGCUGGCGGCAAAGAGGCACCACCAUCGGCGGCUUCUGACGGCUGCGCUGGUGGCCUGGCAGGCGGAGGCGGCUGCAGCUCGAGCCCGCAUGCGGCAGGCGGCCGUGUACGACCUGAAGCGGGCUUACCUGGGGCUGGGGCGCUGCCUGCAGGCAUGGCGAGACACGGUGAAGCGGCUGAUGACGCUGCGCUUGCAGCAGGAGCGGUUCAUGGUCGCAAGGCUAACGCGCCAGACCCGUGCCUGCCUGCGCGCCUGGCGGGGCCGCUGCUACCAUGCAGCUGAAAAGCGGAGGAUGCAGCUGCAGGCAUGGUACUAUUUGUGCUUCUCAACACUCACGCGUGCCCUGCGCAAGUGGCAUGCGUGGACGAAGAUGCGCCGUGCCAAGGCGAGCCGCGCCGGCUGGGCAGACGCGAUGCAUGCGGCGGUACUGGGGCGCAAGACCUUCACCGCAUGGAGGCGACGUCGGGCCUACCUGCAAUGGAAGGAGGUUGCGAUCACGACGGGUGCCGCCUUCAGGCGCCUGUGGGUCCUGCGCAGCGUGGUUCAGGGCUGGCGGACCGCUGUACGAGACUGUGCGAUGAUGCGCCGUGCGGGGUGUGUUGCGUUGGCGGCGGUGGCGGAGGGCUUGCAGACGCAGCAGGCGGCUGCGGCGUUUCGCGAAUGGCAGGCCCACGCCGCCGGUAAGCGCCGGCGCCGUCAGCGUGAGCGUUACGCGCUGGCCUACAUGCGGCGCUGGCGGCAGCUGGUGGUCAUGUGGGCCCUGCGGCAGCAGGCGGCACGGCAGCGGCACCUCAGGCGCUGCGAGCAGGCGCUGCAGCCAGUGGGUCGGCGGCUGCGACUGGCGCUGUGGUGGGGCCGCUGGUGGUGCGGAGUGGCAGUACUGCAGGGGCAACGUACGGCAGAGCUGAGAGCUGCCGUACAGCUGCGCGCUUGCUGGGCUACAUGGCGUGCGACAGUGGAGGCGGCGGCUACAAAGCGGGAGUUGCCACAGCUAGCGACCAAGCGCGUACAACGCAUCCGCGCGGCUGCAGCCCUGAACUCUUGGCGGUCCCGCACCGCCCACUGGCGCGCCAAGGCGGCUGCAUGGAGCACCGCAGCGGCCUGGCGCCGGCGGCGGCUGCUGGGGCGGCUGCUGGCGGGCUGGCGGAGUGAAGCGGCGCGGCGGGUGGCCAAGGCAGUGGCGGUGGAGGCGGCGGAGGUGCACCGGCGGCGCGUGGUGCUGUGUCGGGCGGUCCGGCUGUGGAAGCGCUACGCCUGGCGCCGGCACAUGAAGGUAUACGCCUCGCAGCGCCACCUAACUCGCAUGGCGGCAGCAGCGCUGGGCGGCUGGCUGCGACACACGCGGUACAAGGCGAGGAAGGAGCUUAACAGGCGCCGAGCUGUACGACAUAGGUACCUCAUGCUGCUGCAUUCCGGCCUGGCGGCAUUCCGGCGAGCCGUGGAGCGACGGAGAGCCAAACAGGCCGACUGGGCCGAUCUGGUCCGCCUUCACUCUCUUCACGUGGCUCGUGCGGUGCUGGCAGCCUGGUCUCGUCGCUUCGUGCCGGCAGCACUCGCCAAGCGGGCAGUAGGCCGGCAGGCGGACUUGCACCGGGCGCGAGGGCUGAUGCGACGAGCGCUGGCGGGCUGGGGGCAGCAGGCGGCAAGGCUAGCCGCCAAGCACGCACGAGAGCGCCAGGCAAGCGGGCACGCCGCCCUGCGGCUCCUGCGGCGCGCAAUGGUCGCAUGGGCUGAUGCGCCUGCGCUGCAAACAGAGCGACGGGAAGCCAAGGCGGCGCGGCUGGAGGCAGCGGCGGCGGCGCUGGCGGCUGCUGCUGCGAGGCGGCUGCUGGCGGCUUGGCGGGAGGUGCAUGGAGACCUGGUCAUGAAGCGAUUCCAGAACACCCGCGCCCACGAGGUCUGGCGAGUCCGCACCCUGCGUCACUCGCUCACCAACUGGGCCCUGUACCUGGCGCACCGCCGAACGCGUCGCAUGAGCGACGCCCGCGCACGCGCCGCCUGGCGGCUGCACGUGUGGCGGGGGGUGUUGGCGGCGCUGGCAGCGGCGGCGGCGGCGCGGCGAGUGAAGCGACGGCUGCUGGCGGCCGCGGAGGAGCAUCGACGGAACGGACUGCUGAGGCGGGGGCUGGCGGCAUUGGCGUGGUAUGGGAGGUAUCGCGCGGCCAAGGCGCACGGCUACGCAGCCGCACGUGCGCAGUUCACGCGGCGGCUGCAGCGGGAGGGUGCAGUGGCCUGGUUGGAGGCGGGGCUCGCGCGGCGGCAGCGGAGGAUUGAGGGUUUGGCAGCGGCGCAGGCGCACAGCUUAGCCCGGCAGCUAGCCCUGGUGCAGCCUUACGCGCGGCGCUGGCUGCAUGCCGUGCGGUGCCGUCGCAGGCAACGGCUGCUGGCUCUGGCAGGUGGAACGUCGGCGCCAACCUUUGGUAGCCACUUCACCGCUGCGGCCGCCGCCACCGUUGCCACUGCUGGGGGGUUCAGCGGCUAUCCCUUGCCAGCGCUUGCGGCGGGGGCAGCUCCUUGGCAGCUUUCCGGCUUGAGUGUGGGGCUGUCCUCUGCGACAGCGACAACAACAGCAGCGGCGGCGGCGGCGGGUGGAGGACCGGUUGCAAAGGGUGUCGCAAGCGCCGGCGUCAACGUCGCCGCCACGACGGCCGCGGCGGCGGUGAUGACGAAGCAGCCGAUGAUCGUCCGCCGGCCGCCGCCACGCACGCCCCCAGCACUGCACACCCAUGCACCUUUACUUGCACCCCAGCAGCAACACCACCACCACCAACAACAACAACAGCACGUUCUGCACAACAACAAAUACAACAACUACUUUCAACCUGAAAUCCAGCAUCAAGGGCGACAACAACAGCAGCAGCCGCAAGGGUUACAGCAACCAGCAGCGGUAGGAGAAGCGGGGACCGCCGCAACGGGGGCUGCGGCGGUUGCGGCAGCACCUGCUGCCACCAGGGGUGUCCAUAACUCCGGUGCAUGGGCCUGUCAUGGUGGUGAAGGUGUUGUCAGCGAGAGGGCAGGAAUGAGCACCAGCCACGGGCUGCCCCAACGCGCCCGGCCGCAGCCUCGCUGCCCCGAUUUCUUGCUCCGCCGGCCUGCUACAGUUGACAGCGCCGGCCCCGGCAUCGCGCCUUGUGCCGCAGCUAAUGUACGGCAGGACCUCCGUACGGUGGAUGAUGGGCAACUCGGGUACAACGCGGCGAGCAGCGGUUGGAUUUCUGCGGCGGGAGGCGGCGGCGGAGCGACUGUGGCUUCGGAGGUAUCGCUCGCCGGGUACAGUAACGCCUACAGCGGCGCCGAAAGCAGCAUGCCGCCUAGCCGAGCAACGGCUACGGGGGUGAGAGCGGCGACAGUUGCUUCACCGUCUGCCGGCAUCACCAUUCACCGAUCUGGGCCGCUCCCGCCCGAUGUGCUGCGGCUGCCUACACGGGAUGGCAGCAGCAGUGAUGCUUCAGGCAUCACGGGUGUUGCCUUUUCAGGCUACGAAGGCUAUCUAGCUGGUGACGCCGCCACAAGCGGCGCUUUCCAGGUGGACAGUGAUUACGGCGCCGGUGGCCACAACAUUACAGGGGCUGCUACUGCUGCUGGGGUCAACGUUGACCUGAACGUUUCCAUGGCGGCCAUGCAGACCCAUGGGUCAUAUCACCCUCAUCAAGCUCCGCAAGGCCUGCCACAGCAGCCAGUUUUCAUUCCCAGGCCCAUGAUGCAGCAGCAGCAGCAUGUAAACGCCAUAGCCGCAACCCAUCCCGCCAUGCACCACGCGGGUGUGAUGGCUGCAGCUGGCGGUUCCGGUGCCAGCGGCCCAGAAGUUGCUGCACCAGUAGUAAGCAGCAGCGUUCCUGGCUACGUGAUGCAGGCCGCUGCUCCUCCCAUGCUGUCGGGGUCGCAAAGCAUGAUGCGGGGGGUACUUCCGCAACACGCACAAAGGGGGGCUGUACAUCCUCCAUCGCAGCCGCAGCUGCACCCACAACAGUUACCGUCACAGCGAGGCGGUGCGGCUACAUUGCCCGAGCCGCCACAGUCUCAACUGCCUUACAACAGCGAGGAGUUGGCGGAACUGGAAUCUCUGUUGUCGUACUGCAAAUCCCUGAAGGAUCUCCUGAACCAGCUAGAAAGUGGAGGCGGUGGCGGCAUGACAGGACUGGGGGCGGGGGCCGAGGCAGCAGGGUUGGAAGGAAGGCGUCCUGGUGGGGUUGCAGGGGGGCAAGGAAAUGCGGGUAGUCGGGAGGAGGAAGAGCAGCGGCAGCGGCAGGCGGCGGAGGUACGUGCGACGCUUAAUGCGAUGAGGCCAGCGGUUGAGGUGGCAGCAUCAAUGUUGAGGCAGAUCCGGGGUCUAGGUUGAUGCUGGUGAAGUCCGGUGACAACGCGUUGUCAAUGCUUUUGCAAAUCUUUCUGUUGGCAGCCCGUGAUGAGGGGGCUAUCUGGCGGGGUAUUCCCGUCUGCUGGUUUCGUCGCGUCUAGGUUUCGUUGCUGUACGAAGCAUGGGAGGGUGCACAGGUUAGUAACGUGGGAGUGCAGCUCAGUGCAGAUGUGUGGGAGAGGUGAGGGGUCAGGACCUCAGGAGGCAACCCUUCUGUGGACAUGUCGCCAUUGCGGCCAACCAUCCUGCCGUCCUGACGUUUGCCGAACUGACACAAGGCAUGUAAAUUGGAGGUUGAC